AUGGAAGCCAUGUCGGUGUGUUCGCCGAUCCGUGCUGCCUCGCAGCUCCCCGCCGUUCGAUCCCUUCACGGCGAUGCUCUCGGACAAUCGCUAAGGAGCUCAAAUUCCGUUUGCCUACCAAUUCCCAAGGCUCUUUCAGCCGGUCAGAUCUUGCCAGGAGGCUCUGCUCCUCAGAAGCUGCAGAUCCAGGCAAAGAUUCUGAAAACUAAGAGAGCACCGAGAGACCCGGACUACCCGUGGCCGGAUAAGUACAAUGCGGAGGAGAAGGGGUUUCUGGCGUUCCUGUCCAAGUUUAAGGACGUAGCCAAGCCCGCCAAGCCUAUGGCGCUGCCGUUCGAGAAACCUCUGGUCGACCUCGAGAAGAAAAUUGACGAGGUGCGCCAGCUGGCGGAUAAGACUGGCAUGGACUUCACGGACCAGGUGCAGGAGCUGCAGGACAAGUAUGAGCAGCUGAAGCGCGACAUCUACGCGAGAAUAACUCCGGUUCAGCGGCUCAGCGUGGCGCGGCACCCCAACCGUCCCACUUUCUUGGAUCAUGUCCUCAACAUGACCGACAAGUGGGUGGAGCUGCACGGCGACCGCGGGGGCUACGACGACCCGGCGCUGGUGUGCGGGAUCGGGCGCAUGGACGGCAUGAGCUUCAUGUUCAUGGGGCACCAGAAGGGGCGCAACACCAAGGAGAACAUCUACCGCAACUUCGGCAUGCCCACGCCCAACGGGUACCGCAAGGCGCUGCGCAUGAUGCGCCACGCGGACCACCACGGGCUGCCCAUCAUCACAUUCGUCGACACGCCUGGCGCUUACGCUGGCGUCUCGGCCGAGGAGCUCGGACAGGGCGAGGCCAUUGCGCACAACCUGAGGGAGAUGUUUGGGCUCAAGGUGCCGUCAGUCAGUGUGGUGAUUGGAGAGGGCGGCUCUGGUGGCGCUCUCGCUAUUGGCUGCUGCAACAAGAUGCUCAUGCUCGAGAACGCAGUGUACUUUGUCGCCAGCCCUGAGGCGUGUGCGGCCAUCCUCUGGAAGACUGCAGCCGCUGCUCCCAAGGCCACGGAGGCGCUGCGCAUCACAGCGGAUCAGCUGCAGCAGCUGGGCGUGGUGGACGAGAUCAUCCCGGAGCCGCUGGGAGGGGCGCACAACGACCACAUGGCGACGUCAAUGGCCAUCAAGUCUGCCGUCAUGGCGCACAUGAAGGACCUGGUGGCGAAGGAUGAGCAGCGAAUCAUCUGCGAGCGGGUCGGCAAGUUCCGGCAGAUGGGCGGCUUCACUGUGCCGCCCAAGGUGGACCCCGCCAAGCAGCGCGCUCUCAAGAAGCGCGACCGCCCCGCUGGCCAGAGCGUCCCCGCCUCCCCUUCCCCCUCCCGUUCCGCAUCCCUGCCUUCCUGGGGUUCCCAGCCUCCUGCCGCACCUGCUGACAAUGGCAACGGCGCCACGUAUCCUUCGUCUGUUAGACAGGCCUCCAGCCGUUCCUCUCCCCGUUUGUUCUUUGCCGGAUUCCUCGCCUCACAAUCUCCAAACGGGUCGUUUACUGACGCGGAUGAUGACGAUUUUGUCCAUUACGACGUACGGGACCGGUUUCCGGGUUCCAGCGGUGCUCUUAACGAGAUGUCCCUUAACGCGUUUGUAGUGCCAAGCUUCGAGGAGGUCAAAGCGCAGGGUGAGAAUGGCGAAUGGGAGCACCCCACGUGGCGGUUUCUGGCAGGCGGAGGCUGCGGGACAGCACUGGCAGUGGAUGGUGAGUUGAAGCCUUGGGUGACUGAGGAGCGUGGUAAGAAGCAGGCAUCAUGUGAAGAAACGGGCAAAGAUCAGGGCAAAGAGCAGUGCGAGCAUGGCAGCAAGCAGCAGAAGUCGGAGCAGCAGCGGGAGACGGAGAAUCAGGAGAGGGAGCAGCACGAGAGGGAGCAGAAGAGCGGAGCGGAGCAAAAGAAACGGUCAAGUGACAGUGAGAGAAGGGUGAACGAGGCUGAGGAGAGGUUUUUCGGGCAGGAACAGGAGGGGCAGGAACGGGAAGGAGAGUUGACUGGAGCAGCUGGUCACAGGACUCGUCUGUGUGCUGUUCGCUGGGACAGGCAGCCGGCCAAUGAGUGCGUGACAGGUGGCGAGUGCUCGCAAGAUGCGGGUGUCUUCGUUUCUGCAUCAGGACGACUCAUGCAGUGGGACGUUGCCCCUGCUGCCCCUGCACAGCAGCAUGGUCAUGCAGCGAACAACACCUCAGCAGCACCACAGCACAGCCCCACGGCACAACCUUCCACUAGCAGCACACAUCCCACCUCUGCUCACGCCUGCCUUCCUCUCCUCCCAUCGCUUCCUCAUUGGGUCACCAUCACCUCUGUCUCUGUGGGCCUCCAGCAUUGCCUCGCGCUCUCAGGCAGUGGAAUGGUGUGGGCGUGGGGCGAGGGUGGUGAGGGGCAGCUGGGGGUGGGCAGGCGGGUGGGGAAGGUGACACAGCCAGUGUGCGUGAUGCUGCCUGCUGCUCCUGCAGCAUCCGUUAUAAGCACAUCCGCUGUAGCAGACUGUGCUGCUGGAGACGACUCGAUAAAAGCAACAGCAGUGGCCUGUGGAGGGAGGCACAGCCUCGUGCUGGCAAAGGAUGGCUCGCUUUUCUCCUUUGGAUGGGGCCAGUAUGGGCAGUGCGGUCACGGCACAUCAGACGACCAUCUCUCCCCCACCCGCCUCACCUCCUUCGCCGGCCUCGCAGUAACAGCCAUUGCUGCUGAUCUCUGGCACUCUCUUGCCCUCGCCCUCCCCGCUGGUUCGAUCAGCAACCGUGGUGCCGCUACUGGUUGUGGUGCCGGUGGUGAUGCUGACGUGGAGGUUGGCAGUGUUGAUGUGGAACUGGAAGGGGGUGACGUGUACAGCUGGGGAGGCAAUCAGUUUGGCCAGCUGGGCACUGGAGACACGGCAGCUAAGGUGUGA